UCUUGCUUUGGUUUACGUCGAGACAGUUUUAGUGAAUUAAAAUUUCCCUAAUGUGUAAUGGCGAAUUACGAUAAUUCAAGAAAACCAAAGUACAAGUAUGGCUUACUUGAAUCACCGAAUACAUCGUAUUUUUCAAGUAGCAGCGCGAAUGAGCUCAAUGUUACACCUAAUCAGCAGAGAAGUAAGGGUACUACACCAGGGAAUUUUACCGGUAUUCGUGAUGCCUCACCUUUGAGUGACGACGUACGAUCUCCUUUGAUGUCAAGGCAACAGAAUGCCUGGAAUCGUCAAGUUCGUCCAAGCCAUGACUCUUCUAUUGCCACUGUUGCAAACAUAUCUGGUAUUAGUUCGAUCGCUGGCGAGCAGAGAGGCAGAAGUACGGAAAAGACAUCAAACUCUGAUACACUAUUUGCGUCCGCGGAAAACUCGACUUUACGUGUGAAAGAAUGUAUGCGAACACCAAAGAAUACAGCAUUGUCGAGGCCAAGCACAAGCAGCGAUUCAUCUCACGUUUUCCAGCUUCCGACGGGGCGAGCGCCUCGCAAAACCCCAAAGUUAACACCAGGAAGGAGCAGCUCACACACAACACCUAGAGCUGUUGAUUCUACUUUGUCUGGGGCUUCCAGCUCAAGUACGCCAAUAACACCAGGACACAGCAGACGAACGCCACGUAGUGCCAGAUCAGAUGUAACAGACACACCACGUAUCACCGAGUCAUCAAAUAUCGUAGCGAUAGUGGAAGGAAGAGGAUUGGCAAAAGGAGAGAUUGGAAUGGCUUCCAUUGAUUUACGCCAUCCAGUUUUGCAACUAUCUCAAUUUUCUGAUUCUCAAACUUACGUGAAAACUAUAACUCGACUUCACCUACUCUCUCCGAUCGAAGUUAUUUUUCCAAGCACAAUGUGCGAUGCUGGAAAUAAAGUCAAAAUAUUCAGAGUUGUUUCGGACAAUUUUCAGAAUUGCAACAUUACCACAGUUCAACGACAUUAUUUCAAUGAAGGAAAAGGUCUCGAUUAUAUAAAACAAUUGUGUGUUAAAGAACGUAAUUCUGUGGAAAUGGACGUAAAUGGAAAGUACUACUGUCUAGCGGCCACAGCAGCUUUGGUGAAGUAUGUUGAAUUUAUACAAAACACAUUAUUUGCAAAUUUCUCGUUGAGUAUCGUCUUCAAGGGAAGCGAGCAGACAACACUUGUAGAUGCAAGCACUGCUUCUGCGUUGGAACUUGUGAUUAACUUGAAAAAUCCAAAGAGCGAAGAGACUCUGUUCGGAGUUUUGAAUCAUACUAGAACCGCUGGAGGCGCUAGAAUGCUAAGAAGUAAUAUUCUUCAACCUCCUAAUGACCUUGAAACAAUCACAUCAAGGCAUGACUGUGUUCAAGAACUUACAGAUGAGAAAGAUCUAUUCUAUGGGUUAAAAGCAUGUCUUGAUCGCUUCGAUGUUGAUUUGGAUCAUUUGCUCUCGUCUCUAGUUCAAAUACCAAAACAAGAAACAGAACGAACAGCAGAAAAUAAGAUUACAAGUUGUAUUCUUCUGAAACAUAUAUUACAACUUGUUCCAGCGCUAGAGGAAACACUUACAAACGCUCGUUCUGAACUUUUUCAAGCUUAUCAUGCAACAAUGAAGGAUACUAGAUUCGGAACAAUAUUAGACAAAAUACUGAGUGUUAUAAGAGAAGGAGCUCAAUAUCAGAAAGGAAAUUUGAACAUGAAAACUCAGAAAUGUUUUGCAGUGAAGGAAGGAAUCAACGGAUUACUCGAUGCUGCCAGACGAACGUUCUCUGAACUUAUUGAAGACAUUAAUGAAGCGAUCACACAACUUGCUGAAAAACAUAAUCUACCAAUCAAAUGCGCUUAUAACGCGUCACGUGGUUUCUUCAUACAAAUGACGUUGUCAGAUCGCGGUGGAUGUCCCGAGUUACCUUCUUCGUUCAUAAAAGUUUCUAAAAGCAAGAAAACUUUGAGUUGUACAACAAGCGACAUGAUAUGUAUGAACGAAAGAGUAAAUCAAGCUGUCAAAAGUAUUUACGCGAUGGCGAAUGAGGUCGUAUCUGACAUGUUAACCGAGAUUCGUGAUUCCAUAGGUUGUCUUUACAAUUUAUCUGAGACAAUUUCUACGUUGGAUAUGUUGGUGUCGUUUGCACAUAUUGCCUCUACUACAGAAUACGUGCGACCCGAGUUCACGGACACUCUGGCAGUGAAGCAAGGGCGACAUCCAGUGUUGGAGAAAAUCAUGAAACGAGAGAAACCAAUCCCAAACAAUAUCUAUGCUUCUGAUGAAACUAACUUCAAUAUUAUAACUGGGCCUAACAUGAGUGGGAAAUCUACUUAUUUGAAGCAAGUUGCACUUUUACAGAUUAUGGCUCAGAUCGGAUCCUUCGUGCCAGCGGAAUACGCAUCAUUCAGAUUGUCAGAUCAAAUAUUUUCAAGAGUUGGUAGCGACGAUGAUAUUGAAACGAAUUCAUCUACUUUUAUGGUAGAAAUGAAAGAGAUCAACUAUAUAAUCCAGAAUGUGACGGGCAAUAGUCUUGUUAUCAUUGAUGAAUUAGGUCGAGGAACGUCGAGUGAGGAAGGUGUUGGACUAUGUUGGGCGAUUUCUGAGUUUUUAUUAAGUCAAAAGGCGUUCACUCUGUUUGCGACCCAUUUCUUGGAAUUGUGUCGGCUGGAAAAAAUUUAUCCAAACGUUGAAAAUUUUCAUUUCAAGAUUGAUCACGUGACCACAGUUCAUGGAAGUCUUCAUAAAGUAAUAUAUACUUAUGUUUUAUCUCGGGGGCAUACAAGAGAGAAACAUUACGGUCUCCAGCUUGCUGAGUUAUUCAAUUUCCCGCCAUCUUUGAUCACUCGUGCACGAGAUGUUGCCAAAUCAAUUCAAGAAAGUAAUGAAGAAACAGACUUGGUUGUUGCUCAACAGCAAAAGAAAGAAAAAGCAAUCUAUAGACUUGCAACCAGGCUGCUGCAAGCAUCCCGUAGUUCAGUCUUAGAAGGCGAGGCACUAAAGAAGUUUUUACAAAGUCUCAAGGGAAGAUAUUUAGCCGAUAUUAGCGAUCGUAAUAACGACAAUGAGAACGAAACUUCAAGUCCUGAAAAUCAACCAAUCAGUGGCCGCGAAAAUGAACCAAUCACAAGCCAUGAAGAAGAAAUCAUCAACGCUAACCAAAACCAACCAAGCAGUGGUCAUGUGAAUGAACCAAUCACAAGUCAUGAAAAAGAAGUCAUCAACGCUGACCAAAAUCAACCAAUCACUGGCUACGAAAAUGAACCGAACUUUAGUCGCGAAAAAGAAGUCAUCAGUGCCAUCCAGAAUGAACCAAUAGAAAUUGAUCAAAACCAAACAACGAGGAGUACUGAAAACCAGUUGAUGUCCGACGGCGGCGAGCGGCGAAUCACAGAUAUUGUAAAUCAGCCGUUUGUAAGAGUCGGUUCGACGUUCAACCCGAAUCUGUCAUCAACUGGAUCACUUAAUUGACGAAGACACGGUGGACAAUAUGAGGUCACACUCUAAGAAUAGUUCGGGCCAAUAUCGAGUAUCUUUGGGUUUAGAGUCAAACCGAAUACCAUUUUUUCAUCAAAUAUUCGAAUUCUAUUUAAAAAUGUUAAUUUUUUUGUUUGUUGUGAUAUCGAAUGUACAAGUA